AUGGAUAACAGAAAAAGACUCCCGCCCCAGAAGGCUAAGGUUGUGGAGAACACCAGCACAGCCAAGGCAAAGAAACCGGAUGCUUCAGAGCCCAAGAAUGCCACAGAGCCAAAAGACAGCAAGACUGUGGCAGACCCAAAGAAGACUGUAACAGAUCAGAAAGACAAAAAGACUGUGACCAUCGUCACAGAUUCGAAGGAGAGAAAGAGUGUGUCUGAGCCAAAAGAAAAGAAGACUGUGACGAUCUCAGAUCCCAAAGACAAGAAGCCAGAGACGAAAGACAAAAGGAUGGUGACAUUUGUGACAGAAGUAAAAGACAAGAGAAUUGUGACAGACACGAGAGAAAACAAGAUUAUGUCAAUAGAGAUGAAAGACAAAGUGCCCGUGGUGACAGAAGUCAAAGAAAAGAAAAGUGUGCUAACGGCAGAACCAAAGGAGAAGGUUGGGCCGGUUGUACCAGUUGCGCCGGCUGCGCCAGUCAUGCCAGUUGUGCCAGUCGUACCAGCCGCGCCAGCUGUUCCAGUUGUUCCAGAAGUUAAAGAGAUCUUGAUGCCAGAGGUGAAAAAGAAGAAAGAAGCGCCAUCUUUGCUCAAGGUAAAGGGAUUCAAGACUUUGCUAAUACAAGAUUUAAAAGACAAGAAGGCUGUAUCUGAGAUAAAAGAGGAUGCACCCGUGACAGAAAUAAAAGAGCAGAAAGUUGUGCCAGAAGUCAAAGAGAAAAAGCCUGUGGUAGAGGAAAAAAAAGACGACGGGACAGGUGAGGUAGCUCGGACUAUAGUUGAGGGCAUUCUGGCUGCCGCUGUUCAAUUUGUGGAAGACGACAGAAACCCCAUCAAGAACAUUAAGUGGCUCACUCAUGGAGAAUUCACAGCAGAAAAGGGUCGGAAAGAAAUUGAGAAGUUCGUUUCGACUUGGGAGUUUCCAAAUCGCUGGGUGUACUAUGCAGAUUUUAUAGAGAGGAAAGACUUAAUUCACUCCUUCCACUACAUCUACCGUGUGCGCUGGAGUGCCCCCACUGCCGUGAGACCCCUGGCAAGAGUUAGUGCUAACGCCUAUUUCACCAUCAAGUUCAACAAGAGCAAACCUCCGGAUAUGCCUGUUGAUGUCUCCUAUAUCUUUGAGAAUUCAGGCCUACUUCAAAGACCAGGAAAGAUCCGAUUUCGAGAACAAUGGCUGAGAGACAUUACUGAGACCAAACAUAUUUUGUUGGAGUCUAUUCCUUUCAAAGUUGUCUGA